GCUGACUAUGGAACGAGAUCGACCUUGUGGAAUCUCUACAAAAGUGUCAAAGUGUCAUUUCUUCAGUGUUGUCACAUAAAAAGAUAUAAUCAAAUAUUUACAAAAAUGUGAGGGGUGUACUUACUUUUGUGAGAUAUCGUAUGUGUAUGAGAGGAAUGUAAUGUCCAUGUUUGAUGCUGAAAGAGGAUGUGCUGCUCUGACCCCCCUCCUCCUUUCAGGGUGGAGCCUGCUGGAGUCCGAUGGUUGAGACCAGGUCUGAGAAAGUAUUCCUGUGAUUUCACACUCGACACAAACACAGUACACAGAAAUCUCAAACUGUCUGACAACAACAAGAAGGCGAUAUGUGUGGAGGAGGAUCAGCCAUAUCCUGAUCAUCCAGACAGGUUUGAAGACUGGCCUCAGCUGCUGUGUAGAGAUGGUCUGACUGGUCGCUGUUACUGGGAGGUCGAGUGGAGAGGAGAGGUUAAUAUAUCAGUGACUUAUAGAGGAAUAAAAAGAAGAGGAGGCAGCAAAGACUGUAUGUUUGGAUGGAAUGAUCAGUCCUGGAGUCUGACCUGCUCUAACGUUAGGGGUUACUGUAUCUGGCACAAUAAGAGAGCAACAUCCUUCUCUUCCUCCAUCUCCUCCUCCUCCUCUAUCUCUGAACGAGUAGCAGUGUAUGUGGACUGUCCUGCUGGCUCUCUGUCCUUCUACAGAGUCUCCUCUGACACACUGAUCCACCUCCACACCUUCAACACCACAUUCACCGAACCUCUUUAUCCUGGUUUUGGGCUCUGGUCCAGGUUGUCUGGUUCCUCUGUGUCUCUGUGUUCUGUGUAGGAGGGACUUACUAGGGAGUAAGUCUCUUACUCUUAGAGAACAAGUAAGUUGAGUCUCAACAGAAUCACUGUUACGGAAAUCUUAUAGGUUGUAAUAAAUUCAUCAAUAAAUUUAGAAUUGAUUCAAAGUUUCCUUUUCUGUUUUCUUUUCUAUUGUAAACUUCUUCCACUUCCAUGUCUGUCUCACUGACAUGAGUAAGCUGGAAGUAUAGUAUAUAA